UAGCACACACCAGUACAUGUAUAUUUAGCUAUAAUCUUCGACUUUUAUAUGGCAUGAUCUGUACAGGAACAUGUGCUAAAAUGAAGAGCUGACUCAGCAGAAGGGAAUAUGAAUGGCUGCUCCUGACAAACUCACAGCCACAGACACAGUGAGUAGGUUUCUGCUCAAGAAGCAUCCUGCUGCAGUGGAGUCUCUCCUCACAUGUCCUGACACCUCACAACACUAUGGGAUGGAGAUCAACUUGCUUGAGCUAUCAGACUUUGAUCCUGAUCUGGUGGACUCUGUAUUGGUGUCUCCAAUAGCGACCCUCCCCCAUCUCACACAGGGCCUGCAAGCCGCCAUGACAGAGCUCCUCUCCACCUACCAGGGCACUCAGAAUUAUGUGAUGAAGGAGAAUGUCCAUGUGCGACUCACCAACAUGUUUGUGUGCCCUGAGCUCAACAGAUUCACUGUUCCCCAGUCAUGUGACAUUGGACGCCUACUCUCAAUUACAGCUACUGCGGUAAGGACGUCUGCUGUCAAAGUCUUGGAGAAGGAGAGGGAAUAUGUUUGCAGUAAGUGCAAGCAGUCGUUCUCAAUUGAGGCAGACUUUGAACAGUUCUAUACACUGCCAAAGCCAGAAAGGUGCCCCUCGGAUGAUUGUGGAUCAGUCAAGUUUACCGCUAGCUCAGUCUGCUUAUUAGGGAGUUCCGCUAAGUGUUUCCGUGACUACCAGGAGAUUAAAGUUCAGGAGCAAGUUCAUCGGUUAGACGUGGGUAAGAUCCCACGCUCAAUGUGGGUGGUCCUAGAAGAUGAUCUGGUGGACUGUUGCAAGCCAGGGGAUGACAUUACCAUCACGGGUGUGGUCAUGAGAAGGUGGCGACCGUUGACCUCUGACCUUCAGUGCAACUUGGAAAUCGCCGUGUGGGCCAAUCACAUUCAAGUUCUUAACGAGGAGAAAUCAGGCCUAUCCAUCACAGAAGAAAUGAGAGAAGAGUUUGAUUCCCACUGGAGCCGUUACAAGGAGUCUCCACUGGAGGGGAGGAACGUCAUGGUGGCCAGUUUAUGCCCUCAAGUGUUUGGACUCUACAUUGUCAAGCUCUGCAUCUGUAUGAUUCUCAUAGGCGGUGUUGAGCAUGUGGACGUAUCUGGUACACGAGUGCGAGGAGAGUCUCACCUCUUGCUAGUAGGAGAUCCUGGUACUGCCAAAUCUCAGUUCCUCAAGUUUUCCUCCCGACUCUCCCCACGCUCUGUCCUCACUACUGGCAUAGGGAGCACCAGCGCUGGGCUCACCGUCACAGCUGUCAAGGAUGGUGGUGAGUGGGGCUUGGAGGCGGGGGCAUUGGUACUGGCGGACGGAGGACUGUGCUGUAUUGAUGAGUUCAACAGCAUCAGAGAGCAUGACAGAGGCAGCAUUCACGAGGCCAUGGAACAACAGACCAUCAGUGUGGCCAAGGCUGGUCUGGUGUGCAAGCUGAAGACAAAGUGCACAAUCCUAGCUGCCACUAACCCCAAAGGUCACUACGACCCAGAGCAGUCAGUGAGUGUGAACGUGGCUCUGGCUAGUCCCCUCCUGAGCAGGUUUGAUCUUGUGUUGAUACUCUUAGAUGCACACAAUACCGAAUGGGACAAAGUGGUCUCCACCUUCAUAUUGCAUGGAAAGUCACUCUCCACUGAGUCCGCGGAGAUAUGGAGCAUUGAAAAGAUGAGGUCUUACUUCUCUUAUGUCAAGUCUCUCAAGCCGGUCAUGACUCAGAACGCCAACAAAGUGUUGUCAAGGUACUAUACCACUCAGAGACAGGCUGACAUGCGGAAUGCAGCUAGAACAACCAUCAGGCUACUGGAGAGUCUUGUCAGGUUAGCACAAGCUCAUGCCAAGCUGAUGUGUCGAGGGGAGGUGACUAUACAGGAUGCAGUGGUGGCAGUGACUGUGAUGGAGUGUUCUAUGCAGGGGGCCGCUCUGCUGGGGGGCUUCAAUGUACUGCACUCAGCGUUCCCUAAAGACGCAGACCAGGAGUACAGCACUCAAGAACGGCUAGUUUUGGGAAAGCUCCAACUGGAAGAAUUGUUGGAUCAGAGUGGUGCUGCCCAUUUUACAUAAUAAAUCAUCACUACAUGUAUAUACUUUCAUUUUUUCAUCAUUCCCAACUUCAACUUUCGCCUACUUUGGCACAUCACACAAAGUUUU